CGGGCGUGGAUCUUCGGGGUAUCUCCCGACAUGUCUUUGGUAGUUGGAAUUGUUCCGUGUUGCAGAAAGUCUGCGCGUCUUUUCGUCGGUGAAUUUCUUGCGGCUGUUGCUUGAUGCUUUGCGGCGCACGCGGCGCCCACUCUCUCCUGUUGCUUGUCUACGAGGGCAACCUAAUAAACGACUUUACCAUCUCUUCAUCCCUGUCAACCUGGUCAGCCGUGCUUAUCCAGCAGCACUAGGCUUGGAACCAAUCAACACUCUAGAGUGAAGGUUAACCCCAUAUUCCCCUGGUGAAGCGGACACAUGUCGGCUGGAUCUGGAGAUGCUGGCAAGGGCAAGGCAGCCCCGACUCACGAGGAGCUCAGGACUGCCGUCGACGAGGCCACCGCCAGAAUGGAGAGUAUGAUGACCGAGAAGUUAGGGACCGUCAUGGAAGCCCUGUCUCGGUUAGUGCCCGAGACACCGCCCGCCGGAAGUACGACCGGAGCGGGCGGCGGGGGAGAGUCACGGGGGGGAAGGCACGCCCCUCCCGGCGCUGGUCGUGUGGAUCAAGCGCCGACCACCGGACAGGGGCUCGAGGGAGCACGAGGACUGCCGGACACAGCCCCGCAAGGACCCACGCUGCCGUCUGUGGGGGACGUCUCGCACGAUAGCGCAACCAGUGACCCACCGGCACGGUACGACCCAACCAUGAAUGCCCGGAUUCCGCGCCUCAAGCAGCUAAACUUCGAUGGCCAAGAAAAGAACUGGCUAAUGUUCAAGAACGACUUCACGACGCAGGUGCAAACAUGCGGAAUGAUGCAUGUUCUGAACGAUAGCCGAGACAUUGAGAUCCAAGGGAAGGAUGACGAUGGCAUGAUAGAACAGGGGGUAGCUGCAGAAGAGGUCCAUGUGUACCGGGAUGUGUGGGGAAUGUUGGUAGGAGCGAUUUCAGACGAGACUACCAAGCUAAUGGUUUACAACAGUAAGGGGCCCUCCGCAGCGUGGCGUGCACUUGAGCAGACGUUCACCCCACUAACUGGUGGCGAGCAGAUUUCGCUGAUCGGAAACCUGGAGUUAGCACGCGACCAGCCCAUCCCCAAGAUGCUUGUGUACGCCCGAUUCCUUGACGCUCUUUCCUCCGAGUACGACGUGCAAAAGCAACAACUGCUCAGCGAGAAGAUUCUGGAAGAGGAGGAGAUGUUGAGAGUGCUAAGGACCAGGGCUGGGUACUUAAAGAAGGACAACGGGUCAAAGGGGAAGGUUGACGGGCGAGUGCAACAUGCGUUCGUAGCAGUCGGGGAGGGGUCUAGGAGGAGGCGACGGUCGAGGAAGAAAAACAGAGGGGAUGAACAGGCAUGCGUAGCGAGUGAGGGUGCCGCGGAGAAAAAGUCUGUCCGCUGCCACAUCUGCUCCGCAAACCACUAUGCCCACGAGUGCCCUCAACAGGCUUGGAACCAAUCAAGAGGCACCAAGGUGCCCGGCGCGAGGCGCUCCAACUCGCGAGAAAAUACGACGGUGGUCGCCAGCAUCGGCGCCGACGGCCACACCUACAACCCUAUCAUCAUCUACAAAGGCCAGCGUAUGCAACCUGCUUGGAUACAGGACAAGAACGGCAUCCCCGUUGCGAAGUACACCGUCACGGAGUCAUCCUUCAUCCAGAGCCACGUGUUCCUCGACUACCUGCGAGACCUCCGCGAACAGCUCGAGGCACGCGGCUUGCAGGGCAAAGUUGCCCUUGUGCUCGACGGCCACGCCUCGCACACGACCUUCGACGCCAUCAGCUUGGCCAUCUCUCUGGACAUCGACCUCUUCCAGCUCCCGUCCCACACAUCGCACAUCACCCAGCCCUUGGACGUUGGUACGUUCGGAACCUUCAAGAAGGAGCUCACCAGGGUGCUCAUGGCCUAUCCACUGAAAAUCGGGGGGAGUCUGGUGAAGCGCGACAUGGCUGCGGAGGCACGGAGAGGGAGCUUCACGCCUGCGAAUACCACGGCGGCGUUCAAAGGGGCGGGCUUGUGGCCGAUGAAUAUGGACAAGGCCAUCAACCGACCACACAGGAAGGACAAAAAAGAGAAGGAGGCAGCUGAGAAAGCCAAGGCGGACAACGCCAAGGCCCGUACAGAGGCAAGGGCAGCGAGGGAGGCCAAUCUUGNACAGGGUGGCCGGGGCCGCCCCGCUGGUGCUCGCGGAGAGGGAAGGGGGACGGGUGGGCGUGCUCGCGGAGAGGGAAGGAGGGCUGGUGGGCGGGUGGGGGGCGGUGCUCGCAUUCAAGGAGGAGCGGGACGGCCGAGAGGGGCGGUGGUUCCCUUGGUUCAGCCGGCGGCGGCGGCGGCCCCUUUUCCCUCUCGAGAACGGCAACGAACCCCGACACCAAUCGUUGAUGUGUAGACUAGAUGCUGUGCGGUUAUCGUUUUUCAUUCGGGUGAAGGAUGAAUUAUUCGAGUGAGGCAUAGAGAAAACCUCAGUUGAGUGCCGAGGUGCCGAUAUGAUUCCAGGGUUGUGCUUCAAAAGUUUUUUUGUACCACGGGGGGGAAGGGGGAUGGGGGGUGUAGAUAGAGGUGUUUUCCGGAACCCUGGGGACGUUGAAAUGCUGUUCCCGGGCCUGAAGGGCGAUUUUUUUUUUUUGCUGCUUCGCGACUUGAGCUGAUCGUCUUGAAAGGACCUUUCGAUGGGGCGUUCGAGUGGUGGGAAACAGGUGUGAUUUUCUGCGAGCAGUCUCACCGCAGUGCCAAGCUGCUUUUCGCCUGACCCAGUUCGUGCUUGAAUGUAUGUAGUCUAUGAA